UCAGUGUCAAAAAAAGUAAACAUGUCAAAAACUCAGAAAUACACAAAACGUGUUCCGCAUUUAUUAUCAUCAAAUUUUUAAAAAUAGAUUAUUUCGAAUUAAUUAAAAUUUAUUCUCGUUUUGGAAGCGUUUUAUUUUUGAAACAAGUACAAAGAAAGAUGUCCACGUUCCAUAAAGGUAAAAAAGUGCUGUGGGGAUUGGGUGCCGCUACAGGAGUGACCACUUUUUAUUAUUUUAAUCAGGAUAAAUUCAGGGUUUUUGCAUCUUGGACGUCCAACUAUGAACCAUCUCCUUGUGCCAAAUGGGACGAUAACUGGGAUCACCGAGCCCCACAGUUUAUAAGAGGCAAAAAAGUGAAGUACAGCCAAAAAGAUGAAAAUAACAAUGAAGAUGUUAAUAAAUAUGCCCCGAAAGCUGCUAGGCACCUCAUUCUUAUUAGGCACGGACAAUAUAAUUUAGAUGGGGAAAGAGAUGAGGAAAGGUAUCUUACCAAAUUAGGGCGUUUACAAGCUGAGUAUACCGGAAAGAGACUGGCAGAACUAAAUUUGCCUUAUACAGAAAUAGUUAAAUCUACUAUGACCAGAGCUCAGGAGACUGGUAGCAUUAUAUCUCAAUUUUUACCUAACGUAAGUGUAACACACUGUGAUUUACUUAGGGAGGGAGCACCGAUUCCUCCUGAACCACCUUUGGGAAACUAUAGACCCGAAAGAUAUAAGUUUUUCGAAGAUGGGGCCAGGAUAGAGGCGGCAUUUAGAAAGUAUUUUCAUAGGGCAGACCCUCAACAAACAGAAGAUUCUUAUCAUGUUUUAGUGUGCCAUGCUAAUGUUAUUAGGUAUCUUACUUGUAGAGCCUUACAAAUACCGGGCGAAGCCUGGCUAAGGCUCUCCCUAAACCAUGCCAGUAUUACCUGGAUUACCAUCACCCCCAGCGGAAGGGUGGUUUUAAGAGGUAUGGGAGAUUCAGGAUUUAUGCCUGCACAUUGUCUUUCGUCAACGUAACAAAUAUUUUUAAAUAAAAUAAAUUUUUUUGAUAGCAGUUUUAUGCAAAAAGUAUUGAUUUAUGUGUCUGCUUAAGUGUAACUUUUUAUAGUAUGUAAUAUUAAGUAUUAUAAUAGUGAACAAAUUUUAAUAAUAUUAUGUUUAUUUAACUUGAUUUUUUUUAAAUAAAAAGGGAAUGAUUUGAUAUUGA